AUGGUGACGAGAGUCUCACAGCAUCCAUAUCUCUACGUAGACGUUCAGCGUCCUUUCUCGGAUGAUUACUCUGUACAGCGUACUAACGACGACGCUACUCAAUGUAAAUUUGCUGCUGUUCAGUUAGGAUACUGGAAGGACGAGUUUCUACCUCGAUUUGCCUACAGUGGUGCACCGGAAUCUCGACGCGACCCUGAGAUCUCAAUUGGUUAUUGGGCUCGUGUCUCAGCAGUAAAUCAUCUUGUGGAACGCUUCAUUGACAAGACCCAGGGACAAUGUGUCCUUGUAUACAUGUCCGUCGAUCAGAGCGCGCAGCUGCUCAAACAUCUCUCUGAUACCUUCGAUACCGCAGUCUUUCUCAAUUAUGAACAGGUUCGCAUAAAAGACACUUUUGGAAGUGUGAUGGAAAAGAAUCUAGAACAACGAGGGAUUCAAUUACCAGGGCUGCCUGCCUGCAAUGAUAUUGAUACUCAAAGGGAGCGAUUCCUGAGCAAUGGAUGGAAGAAUGUGGUUGUCAUUGACAUGAAUGCAGUUUACAAAAAGCUGUUGCCUCAAAACGAAGUGUCCAGGAUCGAGAAAAUAGAACACCUCGAUGAAAUGGAGUUGUUGCGGCAGCUGCUCGAUCACUACUGCAUUGGAUAUGCUGUGAACGAUAAGUCCGAAAAAUUUACUAGUCGUCUAGUGUUUCCAGAAUUGUGA